UCAAUAAAACCAAUGAAUGCGUUCAGGAUGUCACACAUGUUUGUUAUCGUUCUUCGAAGACAGUUACUAGUUUUCAAUCAUCAGGCCAAUCAUGCGGAUCUUCGUAGGAAUUUUCCUUUUUUCUUUGUUCUGCUCUUGUUCUGCUACGGUGGAUGAUCUUCUGCCUGGUAUUAUCUCCUUCGGCAAUGAAAUAGUUACUGGAUUUAAUAAGGGUAUUGCUACUAUUCGUCAAUAUGCUCUGGGACCACCAGGUCCUGAGAAACAAUAUAUCGAAUUUCGACCUGACGAUGGACCGCGUGCUUCUUUUGAAUAUCAAAGACGUUAUGGUAGGCGGGGUGAACGUCUUAUAGAGAUGCUAGGAUCCGGUGUAUUUACACAGCCUCCAGUUCACUUCCAACAAAAUGCUCCAUUGAGACAUCAGUGAAUGUAAUGACUAAAUAAAGUAUGUGUAUUUA